CCUUUCAACAGUUCCAACUCUCUCUGAUAAUUAUAUUCCAUUUCUUCUUCCCUACUCUCUCUCUUCUUUUGCCUUUUCAACCUCCAUAAAUAAAACCUCUCCAUUUCCUCUUUCCUCAUUUCUUUGCUUUUUUACAUCCCCAAAUUUGAAGCCCAGAUAGAAUAGGGAUUUCCAAUUUCCCCAUCUGGGUUUCCUCUCUCAAACCCUCAUCACCCACUUUCCCUUCUCAUUUCACUCACUCACUCACUCACUCCAAGCCCUAGAUUUCUGCUUCAUUCUUUCACAUGGCGCAGAAGUCUUUGAUCUACGCUUUUGUUGCUCGUGGAACCGUCAUUCUCGCUGAAUACACCGAGUACAGUGGCAAUUUCAAUUCUAUUGCUUUUCAAUGCCUCCAGAAAUUGCCUACUGCCAAUAACAAAUUCACCUACAAUUGCGAUGGCCACACCUUCAAUUAUCUCGUUGACAACGGUUACACAUACUGUGUAGUUGCUACUGAAUCAGCAGGAAGACAAGUGCCUAUUGCAUUUUUGGAGCGUAUUAAGGAUGAUUUUGUGUCGAAAUAUGCAGGGGGAAAGGCUUCCACGGCUCCUGCCAAUAGUCUUAACAAGGAAUUUGGGUCAAAAUUGAAGGAACAUAUGCAGUACUGUGUUGAUCAUCCUGAAGAGGUCAGCAAGCUUGCUAAGGUGAAAGCUCAGGUUUCAGAAGUGAAAGGUGUUAUGAUGGAAAAUAUUGAGAAGGUUCUUGACAGGGGAGAGAAGAUAGAACUUCUGGUGGAUAAGACAGAAAACCUUCAUACCCAGGCACAAGACUUUAAGACUAGUGGAACAAAAAUUCGAAGGAAAAUGUGGCUACAAAACAUGAAGAUCAAGUUGAUUGUUUUGGGGAUUUUGAUAGCGUUGAUCCUUAUCAUAGUCCUUUCAGUUUGCCGUGGGUUUAACUGUGGUGGAAAAUGAACACUUUCUCAAGGAGGAACCCUCACACUGAAAUCUUUUGGCAUGAUGAUAUUUUGAGAGAGAUAAGUAAUAUACAUGAUUUGGUUAUGUAUGUAGUAAACUUUCAACAAAGUGCAGAUUAUCUGUUUUGUUAAAAGCUAAAUUUACGUGUGAAUGAUGAUAACCUAUAAUAUUCGUUACCUUUUUCUUUGUCAGAAGAUAACAUGAGGAUUGGAUUUUCUGAAUUGAAGAUAAAAAAUGUGCCAUUCUGCUUUA